AUGCGCGCCGCGCGCGCCCUCUUCCCCAUGCAGAUCGCCGAGGGCCUGUCCUGCCUCGGCCCCGCCGCCGACGGCGCGCGCCCCGCGUUCCUGCGCCUCACCAUCGCUGGCACCGAGCUCUCCGACGCCGCACCCCUGGCGCGCUGCGCGCACGUACGGGAGGUGCUGCUGCCAGAAAACCGCCUCACCUGCCUGGCAGGGCUCGGGGGGCUGCGCGCUCUCACGACACUCGACGUCUCAGGCAACGAGCUGACUCGGCUCCUGGACCUCGGGAGCGGCCCCCAGCCGACCGCUGCGCCCUGGCAGGAUCGAGCCGCGGCGGGAGCGGCGAAGGCAGCGGCGGCGGGAGCGGGCGCUGGGGCGCCGCCGGCGGCGGGCGGCCUGCGGGAGGCGGACUUUGGGCGCAACAGGAUCCGGCAGCUGCCAGUGGGGUCGGGCCUGGCGGCGUUCACGCGGUUGGAGCGGCUUGUGCUGGACGGCAACCAGCGGCGCGGCGGCGGGGCCCGCGCUGCGGCGAGCGAACCCCAACAGCCGGCCCUCCGCGGGCGCGCCGGCCUCAUGUGGGUGCAGGUGGAGCGGCUGGGGCGCGGGCUGGCCGGCUUGGUGCAGCUGCGGGAGCUCAGCAUAAGGGACAACCUUCUCAAGUCUUGCGAUGGGCUGCAGGCGCUGUCGCCGACGCUGCGAACGCUGGCGCUCGACGGCAACCGCCUCAGCACCCUCGCGCCGCUGGGCGCGCUCUCGCGCCUCGAGCGGCUGUCCGCGGCCCGCAACCGCGUCUGCGUGCUGGGCGGGCUCGAGGGCUUGGCGCGCCUGCGGGCGCUGGACGUCGGGCGGAAUCUGAUCGGGCGCCUGGAAGACGUGGCGGCGGUGGCGGGCGCGGCGCUGCUGAGCGAUCUGGAUCUCAGGGGCAACGCACUGGAGCAGGCUAUGUGCGCCCGCCUGCACACGGUGCGCCACCUGCCCCAGCUGCGCUCCCUCGGCGGCGCCCCGGUCACCGCGGCCGAGCGGCUGGCGGCGGCGAGCCUGCAGGGGGAGGGGGCGGAGGGGCUAGCAGCGAUCCGGCGGCGGUGCUUCCCAGGCGGCGAACUGGACGACGGCGGCGGCGCCGUCCCCCCGACUGCGGCAGGCCUGGUGCCGUCCGCCGCCGAGGAGGAGCGGGCGCUGGGGGACCCUGCGGCAGCAUACGCCCCUGCCGACGCCGCGGCCGCGGCGGUCGCGCUCGGAGAGGCGCUCGGCGGCGCGGGCGCGGUGUGCGCGCGGCUGUGCGCGUCGCCGCACAUCGCUGCUUCAGGGCCGCUGCGCCAGCUGCAGCUGCUGAGGGCUGCCUGGGCCUGGGUCCUGCGGCACGCAGCGCCGCCGCCGCCGCAGCGGGAGGCUGGCAGCGGCGGCGGCGCGGACGCGUGCGGGGGCCGGCCGCUGGGGACGUGGCAUAUAGGAUGCCCGCUGUUUGAGGGCGGAGACGCGGCAGCGGCCAAGGAGCUUGAGCAGGCCCUGCUGCCCGGCGUCACCGGCACGUGGUCGGAGCGCGUGGCUGCGCUGCUGGUGACGAUCGCAGCCGGCUGCGGGCUGGAGGCGCGCCAGAUCUCUGGGUUCUGGAAGGACGGCGCCAGCGUGGCGCCUGGGGGGCGGCUACGAUGCCACAACCACAGCUGGUGUGCAGUCAAAGUCAACGGGCGCUGGCGGCUGCUGGACCCGGCCCACGCGGUUGUGAGGUGCGGCGCCGCGCCAUUCUUCACGCCGCCGGAGGCCUUUGCAUACUCGCGCCUGCCGUUCGAGCCUUACUGGCAGCUGCUCCCGGCCCCCCUCACGCCCAACGACUUCUGGGCGCGGCCAGAGGCGGCGGUCGCGUUUUUCGAGGCGGGCGGGGCGCUGCUGGACGCGGGCCUUCGAGCUUCAAACACGCUGCAGCCACCCAGGGAGGGGGGCUACCUGCCGGCCCUGCGCCUGCUGGUCGCGUUCCCCGCGGCCCCAGCCCGCCGCCAGUGGCUGCGCGCGCGGCUGCUGGACCCUCGCUCCGGUCAAGAGGUCGCGCGCUGGCAGCCGCUGGGGCGGGAGCAGCAGCAACCGCGCGCCGCGGCGGCGGGCGAUGGACGCGAUUGCGCCGCCGACGCCCAGACAGCUGCCGCCGCGCCGCCGCCGCCUCUGGUGUUCCAACAGAGGGUCGCGAUCGCAGGAGUGCAGCCGGAGGCGGGCGCCCGCUUCGCUUCCGACGCGCCGCGGCGCGAGGCGCAGGAACUCUGGCUGGCGCCGCCGGCGCCGGGCGUGUGGCGGGCGCACGUGCAGCUCGUGACCGAGGCGCCGGGCGAGCUGCGGCUUACGGUGGAGGGGCUGGCGGCGCCGAUGGAGAUUGAUUUGAGGGAGGAAGAAGACGUGCUGCGCGUGGCUGUUGAGGUGGCGGCCCCGCCACCAUCACCCGCAGCUGCAGCUGCAGCAGCAGCGGCGGCGGCAGCGGCAGCAGCGGCGGCGGCAGGACCCGACAAAACCGGCGCCGCGGCCGUGGCGCAGCAGCCCCCGCUGCCCGCGCCGCUGCCGGCCCCUGCGCCGGCGGCGGCCGCGCUCGCCGCCCAGCUGGUCAGCCCCGCGCCGGGCGUCGUGUUGGAGGCCGACCGGCCGCAGCGGUUCGAGGUGGCGUUUGGUGCGGCAGGUGCAGCGGCGCGCGUCGAGGGCGUGGCUGUGGGCGCGGACGGCUGCGGCUGGACCGAGCUGGCGGCGGAGCACGCGGCCGCUGGCGCUGACGGCAGCGCAGGGGUCGCAGCGGGGACGGCGUUUGCGGGGGACGUGGUGCUGCCGCGCAGCCGGCGCUGCGUGGUCAGGGCGCGCCUGGCGCAGACGGAGCGAGCCGCCGCUGCGGCUGGACCAGCCGUCGCGGGCCCAGGGUUCGCAGCCGGGGCGCUGGGCGAGGCUGUGGACGUCUUCUUCCUGCACGUGCUGCCGCAGGCCCAGCACAUGGUGCCUGUGCCCGAGGAGGGGCCCCCUCCCGGCCCAGACCCCUCGCAUCCAGACACGCCGCGCUGGGCGGCGCUGCUGCGCGCGCUCGACGCAGACGGCGACGGCGCGGCCAGCCGGCGCGACAUGCUGGUGGCGUUCAGGCGGGACAGGCAGCUGGCGGACCACCUGAGGAUGCCUCCCAGGAUCAAGAUUGACUGGCGCACCGGCCUCGCGCUGGCCAACCAAGCGAAGCUGGCGUCGGACGGCUCGUUUGACCGCUUCCUGGCGCAGUAUCAAGCCAUCAACUGGGACGGCCUGGGCAGGGUCGGGCUGGCGGAGCUGUCUGCGUACCUCGUGUACCUCAAGGCGCACGGCGGCAGCAGCUGCGGCGCGGCGGCGGCGGCGGGGCACGGGCAGGGGCGGCGGGGGGACGUCGCUGUGGGCGCGGGGCCGGGGAGCGGCAGCCGGCCAGGCAGUGGCGCGGGCAGCCAGCACCUGCCGAGGCCGUCUGCGCGGUUUGCGCCAUCCAGCGCAGGGGCUGUCGAGCGCCUGCUUCAGCUGUAA